GAGCUUCAAUCACAACCGCAGUGUUGCAUGAUUUGUGAAAGUAUCACGUUCGAUGUAAAAUUCUGGCAACAUUAUCAAAAGCAUCACGUUCGAAGUGUCAAAAAUAAAUUGGCAUCAAAAAUUUUUUGUUUACCGAAAUCAGAAAAGUAUCAGUUGAGCAAUUGCAACAGUGUUGCAAAUAGCCAUCAGUACAGCAGUAUUGCCGCUUUUAUUACGUGCCGCGAACAAGCCCUACGGCUAAUAAUGAAAUCAAAAAAAGACUCGCCUCGAUCAUUUAUCUCACUGCUUCCCCAAAUGGUAUGUCUAACAUUGGCGUCGCAGCCGAUGAGGAUGGCCUCUUUGUUAAAUGAAGAUAUGACAAAAUUAUUUUGCUAAGAAUAACUUUGGAUAUGGAUUUUUACUAAAUACAUUAUUGGUAAUUCCAUGAACAAUCAAUGCAAAUGCUUUCUGCAUUGCUGGUCGAAGUUCUCCAUAAAUUUCUGGCCA